ACCUGGCAACCAUGAGAAAGGCAGAUAGAUGUCAGUCUAUAAAAGGAAACGGGAACUGCCCCCGGCUUUCAGGCUCCAGCAUCUUCCUUUUGCCAAGAUGUUACUGCUCAAACUCUUCGUGGUGCUCAUGACUUGCCUGCUGCUGCUGGGCCAGGUCAAUAGCUCCCCAGUACCAGAACUGAGUUCAGCAAAAAGAUCCCGGAGAAUGACCCCAUUUUGGAGAGGGGUUUCCCUCAGGCCCAUCGGCGCUUCAUGUCGGGAUGAUUCGGAGUGUAUCACAAGACUGUGCAGAAAAAGACGCUGUUCUUUAAGUGUGGCCCAGGAGUGAUGUUCACACCAGGGGAAAAGUCAACUCCAACAGUGCUCCGUUCUGUGGAAUAUUGGUUAACUGCAUUUGGGCUGGAGAUACUUAAGUGAAGCAAUCUUGUGUUUUUAAUAUUUAAAGACAGAUGCUUGCUUUAAACUGGCCUCCAUUUCUUCUUAGAAUGUUGUUGGUUUGUACAUAGACGUAAAUAAGUUUGUCAGAGUUUAUUUUUCUACAAAUACUAUUAAAUGUCUCAAAUCCAAA